CUCCCUCGCUCUCGAGCUCGGGUCGUGAGCGCCGGGCCAGAGCGGGAGGCGGCGCCGCUCCGCGCUGCUGGGAGGGCCGCGCCGGCGACUUUCUGCAGACGCGCCUCCGCCAGGUUCUCGUCGCCACCUUGGGUCCCUGUGCGGUUCCAGUGCCGGACCGAAGCCGCCGGCCGUCGCGGGCGGCCGGGUCCGCGUCCUGCCUCAGCGCCCGGAGGACAUGCGGGAGAGAGAAUGAGCCAGAGGGACACGCUGGUGCAUCUGUUUGCCGGGGGAUGUGGUGGUACUGUGGGAGCUAUUCUGACAUGUCCACUGGAAGUUGUAAAAACACGGCUACAGUCAUCUUCUCUGACGCUUUAUAUCUCUGAAGUUCAGCUGAACACCAUGGCUGGAGCCAGUGUCAACCGAGUAGUGUCUCCUGGACCUCUCCAUUGCCUAAAGGUGAUCUUGGAGAAAGAAGGGCCUCGUUCUUUGUUUAGAGGAUUAGGCCCCAAUUUAGUGGGGGUGGCUCCUUCCAGAGCAAUAUAUUUCGCUGCUUAUUCAAACUGCAAGGAAAAGUUGAAUGGUGUAUUUGAUCCUGAUUCUACCCAGGUACACAUGAUUUCAGCUGCAAUGGCAGGUUUUACCGCAAUCACUGCAACCAACCCCAUUUGGCUUGUAAAGACUCGGUUACAGCUUGAUGCAAGGAACCGUGGGGAAAAGCAAAUGGGCGCUUUUGAAUGUGUUCGUAAAGUGUACCAGACUGAUGGACUGAGAGGAUUUUAUAGGGGCAUGUCUGCUUCAUAUGCUGGAAUAUCAGAGACUGUUAUCCAUUUUGUUAUUUAUGAAAGUAUUAAGCAAAAACUACUGGAAUAUAAGAUUGCUUCGACGAUGGAAAAUGAUGAAGAGUCUGUAAAAGAAGCAUCAGAUUUUGUGGGAAUGAUGCUGGCUGCUGCCACCUCGAAAACGUGUGCCACAAGCAUAGCAUAUCCACACGAAGUUGUAAGAACAAGACUACGUGAAGAGGGAACAAAAUAUAGAUCUUUUUUUCAGACACUGUCUUUGGUUGUUCAAGAGGAAGGUUACGGGUCUCUUUACCGUGGUCUAACAACUCAUCUGGUGAGACAGAUUCCCAACACAGCCAUUAUGAUGGCCACCUAUGAAUUGGUGGUUUACCUGCUCAAUGGAUAGCGAUAUCAGGCCGCCGAAUAUAAAGAGGGAAGACCAAAAGAUUACAGUGGACCAUGGAGUAUCGGAACCAGCAUGAUGGACAGAAGAAAAAUGGUUUGGGAACGUGUCACUAUGUCUAAGUGGAAGUCUGGUUGUUGGAAUUCAAAUAAUCAUAACCACAUUACUUGACCUUUGAGUAAUGUGAAUAAAACCUGGGCUGCCUUUAAGAAAAAGCCUUUAGAAGCACUCCUUCCUCAAAAUUGCCAUUUUCUCUACCAUGUCCAUGGGACACAGCUGCAUUUUGUUUAUUUGUGGCAGAGUAUAGUAUUUAUUCCAUGAAUACUUUUCCAGUCUUCUAAACAAAGCCAU